AAACAGCGUUAUCAUGGUCCGUGUAAUUAGUCAGGAAACCUACGAUGAAGUUGUCAAUGAAAAUAUCGAACAAUUCUCCAUGACACCUGAGGAAGCUAUAGAAGAUGCUGUAAAACAAUUCGAAGCUCAGGGUGUAGACUUGAGCAACAUCAUGAAAGAUUUAAUGCUAACUGAUGGCAAUGAUUUAAUAGCAGGUUACGUAAAUCAACUUAAUGUAGCCAUACAGGAUAAGAGUUAUGAAAAUGUUUCCCAAACAUUAGAUAAAUUAAGGAAUGAAUUAGACAAAGAUGUUGCACAUAGAAUGUAUGCAGGGAAUAAGGGGGCAUAUAAAACUUUAAUAAAGUUAAUGAAAAGUUUUCCUAAUAAUAACACGGUAAUAAGAUCAGCAUUAAAAACAAUGACCUCAUUAAUGACUGGUAACCCAGACCUAUUAAACGAUGAGGGAGUCGCCUUGCAAAUACACAUUUUAGACAGAUGUACAGAUAUUUCGACAUUACAAUACCUUUUGCACUGGAUCAGAGAAUGCUGUAUAAAGCACGAAUUUAAUAGACAAAGUAUUUUUAAUGCAGACAUUUUCAAUAAGCUUAAGAAAAUAUUGAUGAGGGAAGAUGCAUCUGGGUCUGAAUUAAGAGAUGCGUGUGCUGUAAUUAGAGCGUUGGUAUUAGAUGAUGAUAUAAGGCACGAGUAUGGAAAAGCUCAUGAACAUGCAAGUGUUAUAGCAAGAGGGGCUCUUAGUGUUUUGACUGGAUUAAUGUCAAGGUUUAAAAAAGAUAAAGGGGUUGUGGGAGACGUAAUGAUAACUUUAGCUGCCUUAAUCGUGAGAAACGAAUUUUGCCAGGAAGUGGAAGACGCAGGAGGUCUGAAAUUUGUAAUAGACGUUAUGGUCGACUAUCCGGAUUCAGAAAAAUUAAAUUGGCAGGCUUUGAAGUUGCUAAAAGCUUUAGCUGGUAACGACGCUGUGAAGUCUCACAUUGUUAUUUCAGGCUGUGCCCCGCUAAUUGUUUCUGCCAUCAGUAGAAUGAAAGACUCUGAGUGUGUAGUCUCAGCUGGACUUGCAUGCAUUUCCGCAUUAACAUUGAAAUGUCCCUCAAACGCUGGUGUGUUUUACGAUUGCGGAGCGGCGCUUGUCAUCAUAGACGCGAUGAAAGCUUACUCUAAGAGCGUGAAUGUCUUGAAACAAGCUGCUUGGGCCAUCAGAAACAUGUCUGUAAGAAACAAAGCAGAGUGCCAAGAGUUUAUUGCGUAUGGUAUAGAGGAUGUUUUGAGGACUGCACUCAAGCAACACGGUCCUAAGCUCGAAAGUGACAUGAAAGCGGCAUUGAGGGACCUAGGACUGAAGGUAGAGCUGAAAGAGAGGUGGACUGGACAGGGUGUAUCCAUGAGCAACAGCAAUUAAUUGUGAUAACGUAUGUUUUACAAUGUACCAGACAUCUUUAUGUGCUUCACAUACAAACGACGAAUAAAUGUCAGAAAAUAAUG